AUGCAUUUGAGCUCACGCAGGCAGUUGAAUUAUAAUCCAACACAUAAUCGAAAUUUAUCCUAUCAUAAAACCGGUGUCAUACCGCAAUCAUCAAAACUUCUGUCUCCAGUUUUACCAAGACAGCAUAAAUAUGAAUUAAAACAACGAAUUUGGCCGAAACAAACUGUUGAAUCUUGGUUCUCACAUGCAGCCAUUGAUGAUCGACGUGCCGUUUAUAGUUUUUUAAAUACUCUAUAUGAUGAUGAAGUACGAAACUCAGCUAGACAACCGCAGCAGUUUUCGAAAAACAGAUUUUUAAGUCAUACAAACAGUCAUUAUCCUCGUCAAAAUUCACAAACCUCAACUAGUCGUACCUCAAAAAAUGAUCUUGGAGAAAUUUUAGAAUCAUUAGAAAGUGUUCAUCCAGCGUCAUCUAUUCAAGAUAAAUAUGUACAAACAAAUUUGCCAGAAAUUGUUAAUAACAAUAGUAAAGUACAAUCAUCGUCUCACUUGAGACGAUUCGCAACAUCAUUUGAUAAACCUAUAGAGACAUCAAUCAUCAAUGAUAAUAAUAAUGACAAUAUUGACAACUCCAAGAACGAGACGAAAAUAAAUAAUAGAGAGACAGCACCAAGAUAUUUAUCCAAAACAUGGCGAGUGAUAAAUCCUCGAGAGAACGUUGAAAGUCAACAUGCACCAGAUGAAAAUAUUUCAUCUUUUUUUAUGCCAACAAAAAAAGUUUUUCCCGAAUAUUUUUUUAUUCAUCCGGAUUGGUAUUAG